AUGGCCUUCGCCGACCUGCUGGACGCCCUGGGUGGCGUGGGCCGUUUCCAGGUGCUGCACACGGCGCUGCUCCUGCUGCCCUGUGGCCUGCUGGCCUGUCACAACUUCCUGCAGAACUUCACGGCUGCCAUGCCCCCCCACCACUGUCGGGGCGCCCCCAACCACACGGCCACCGCCGUCAACGACUCGGUAGCCUGGCUCCGCGCCACCGUCCCCCUGGACAGGUUGGGGGCCCCUGAGCCCUGCCGGCGCUUCAUCGAGCCCCAAAGGACCCUCCUGCACCCCAAUGCCUCCAUCCCCGAGGGGGCGACUGAGGGCUGCGUGGACGGCUGGGUGUAUGACCACAGCAUCUUCCCAUCCACCAUCGUCACGGAGUGGGACCUGGUGUGUGAUGCGCGUAGUCUCAGGGACCUGGCCCAGUCCAUCUACAUGGCGGGGGUGCUGGUGGGCGCCGCCGUGUUCGGCAGUCUGGCGGACAGGCUGGGCCGCAAGGGCCCCCUGAUCUGGUCGUACCUGCAGCUGGCCGUCUCGGGGGCCGCCACGGCGUACUUCAGCUCCUUCGGGGCCUACUGUGCCUUCCGCUUCCUCAUGGGCAUGACUUUCUCGGGCAUCAUCCUCAACUCUCUCUCCCUCGUGGUGGAGUGGAUGCCCACCCGGGGCCGCACCGUGGCUGGCAUCCUGCUGGGCUACUCCUUCACGCUGGGCCAGCUCGUCCUGGCCGGAGUGGCCUAUGUCAUCCGGCCCUGGCGGUGGCUGCAGCUCGCCGUGUCGCUCCCGUACCUCAUCUGUUUCCUCUAUUCUUGGUGGCUGCCGGAGUCCUCCCGCUGGCUCCUCCUUCAGGGCAAGUCCCAGCUGGCCGUGCGGAACCUGCGCAAGGUGGCGGCGGUGAACGGGAAGAAGGAGGAAGGGGAGCGGCUGACCCAGGAGGUGGUGAACACCUACAUCCAGAGCGAGUUCGCCAGCGUCCGCACCUCCACCUCGCUCCUGGCCCUCUUCCGAACGCCCGCCAUCCGCAAGGUGUCCUGCUGCCUCACUGUGGUCUGGUUCUCCACUUCCAUGGCAUACUACGGGCUGGCCAUGGACCUGCAGAAGUUCGGGCUGAGCGUGUACCUGGUGCAGGUCCUCUUCGGGGUCAUUGACAUCCCGGCCAUGCUGGUGGCCACCACCACCAUGAUCUACGUGGGCCGCCGCGCCACCGUGGCUGCCUUCCUCAUCUUGGCUGGCCUCAUGGUGGUCUCCAACAUGUUUGUUCCGGAGGAUAUGCAGACCCUGCGCACAGCCCAGGCGGCUCUGGGGAAGGGCUGCCUGGCCAGCUCCUUCAUCUGCGUGUACCUGUUCACGGGGGAGCUGUACCCCACAGAGAUCAGGCAGAUGGGAAUGGGCUUCGUCUCAGUGAAUGCCCGCCUCGGGGGGCUGGCGGCGCCUCUGGUCACCACCCUGGGGGAGUUCAGCUCCGUGCUGCCGUCAGUGGGCUUUGGGGCCAGCUCCAUCCUGGCCGGGCUGGCCGUCUGCUUCCUGGAUGAGACCCGCAACAAGCCCCUGCUGGAGACCAUCGAAGCGAUGGAGAGAAGAGCCAAGGACGGCGUUUGCAGGAAGGAGGCAGAGGAGAAGAGUGAAGAGAUCUCCCUCCAGCAGCUGGGCGCAUCUCCCCUCAAAGAGACCAUCUGAGCUACU